CAAGAUGGCGUUGCAGUCGUCGUUGGCGGCGGCUGGAGAGCUGGCGGCGGCGGCAGGGCUAGCGGAGCUGACGGGGGGGAUGAGGCGGGCGAAAGGCGGCAGCGCUAGCAGCGUGUAGCGGAGGCUCCCGGCGUGUGAGAGACUCUCCUGGGAGGCGGGCCCCCUCAGUCCCCGCUGCCGGAGCCCGGCGGGUCCCACCCCGCUCAGAACCGCCCCUCCCCCGCCUUAUUCCCCACCGGGCCUCUUGGAGCCCAGGCCUUGCGCCCCCCACAGCGCCCCAUCCUCGGUGUCCUCCCCCGGCCUGGGCCUACCCCUUUAGCGCCGAGCCCCUUCCGCCUCCUCGCCGCGCCCCCCACUCAGCCCCGUCGCUGGCCCCCCUUCCCCAGAACGGAGGAUGAUGAAGCUCAAGUCCAACCAGACUCGCACCUACGACGGGGACGGGUACAAGAAGCGGGCGGCCUGCCUGUGCUUCCGCAACGAGAGCGAGGAGGAGGUGCUCUUGGUGAGCAGUAGUCGCCAUCCAGACAGAUGGAUUGUCCCAGGAGGUGGCAUGGAGCCUGAGGAGGAGCCCAAUGUGGCUGCUGUGCGGGAAGUCUGUGAAGAGGCUGGAGUGAAAGGGACGUUAGGAAGAUUAGUAGGAAUUUUUGAGAAUCGGGACAGGAAACACAGAACAUAUGUUUAUGUACUUAUUGUCACAGACGUGUUGGAAGACUGGGAAGACUCUGUCAAUAUUGGAAGGAAAAGGGAAUGGUUUAAGAUAGAAGAUGCUAAAGAAGUUCUGAAGUCCCACAAACCAGUGCAGGCCUCAUACUUUGAAACCUUGAGACACGGCUGUUUGGCAAACAACGGCACUCCUGUCAUGACCACUUCAUACGCUGACUCUAAUGAGAGCUCUGUGUCUGACAUCAGAUGACUGAAGAUGUCCCUAUAAAAGAGAGUUUUGGAAAAUAGACUGAAACAUGGAUUUCCCCCCCUCCCACCCCCUUUAACAUGCCUCCUCUGUUGAGCAAGGCAUGGGCAGCAGCCUGUGGCAAAGCAAGUGUUAAGAGUGUUGCAGUUUAGUGCAAGGUGGGGUUUUUUGCUUUUUUGGAUUUGUAUUUUGUAAAAUACAUUUUGUGCAUGAAGUGCCCCCUUCCCUUUACACCGCUACCCUGGCCUGGAAAGCGACGCUGCUCGUUUUGCCUCUGCCUUGUGUUCUGAAGUGUUCCCAUAUGUGUCAACCCAGCCAUAGCCAGACAUUUUUCUUUUUUAUAAUUAAAGACUGCAAAUGUGAGAUCAAUUCUUUAAGUCUUAGUCUGUACAGUAAGGUGCUGUUCAGACCUGUGGUGGUCACUUUCAGCGCAUAUGUAUAAACUAUUUUUUUAGGUGGAGGAAUCUAACUUUUAAUUUUGUGGGAAUAUUUUUAAACCUGGGCUACUUGUGAAAAGAAGAUUUCAUAAUUAAUCAGUUUGCCUUGUUUUUUUAAAUACAAAAUUUUUUGUGACCAUGCUAAUGGCUGGGUCAGUUUACUCCCCCAUAAACACCCAAAACUUAGUGCAGUGACAUUUUAUGGCCAGAGCAAAGUUUCAAUCACCUUCAGGCAUCCCUGGUGCUUAGUUUCUUCUACAGAUUCAGCCAACAUUUCUGCUUUUGUAUUAGAAUGAAACACAAGGAAUUGGGCUUUACUGCCCAGCCAAAAGCAAACAGCCUCAGAAACACUAUGAUAGAAACUGAAUUUUGGCCUCAAUGAUAGGAAUCAGGGAUUCAAAGGGGGGUUAAAAUCUAACCAAUGGGAGCUUCAAGCACCAUUGCUGCCCUGCUGUUUUUGGAAUUCUUUCCCAUCUUGCUGCAUAUUGCUGAUGUCUCUUUCUGUCCACAUGCCUUAUACUGUGCUCAACUGGGUAUUGUAAUUUGUGCUAAAGUAUUGGAUUGUACUUAUUGAGUGUCAUUGCACAAACCCUUGGGGGAUGUCCCUGUUGUGUCCCUGAAAAAAGUCUUAGGGGGGAAAAAAAAUCAGGUGUUGAAUCUCUCUUGUAUGUGGCGUUGCAGCACUUACAAUUGUACCACAGAGCAUACUCAGAAUGUUAAAACUAUCAUCCUCUGUGACAAAGGUACAGCUGGCUCCCAAGCAGAAAUGCUAGUGUGGAGAAGUACAUCAUUUAAUAGGAUAGUUGCCCUGAUGCAUUGGCACAAUUCAUGCUUUUGUUUUGUUUGGUUGUUUUUUACUGAUGUAAGUUUCAUGGUGUCUUGAUUUGCCAACAGUGUUGUCUAGUUGGGAAAUAAAAUGGAAAGGGUUGGGGCUGGAGGGUGGGAGGGGUAGGGAAAGGUUUGGGAGGGGCAUUAGUUAAUCCCUGGCUUGGGACAGGAGCUAGUUGCUGCAUUUGGUAACUUCUCCUUUGUCAGAGCAUAGCCAAGAUGUGAAAUUAAAUCUGCAGUACUCUUCCUUAUAUCUAACAGAAAUUAUUCUAAUAAACACUCAUACUUUUCAAGAGCAGUCUUUCUCCCCAUUAAGCACAUACAAUAUAAAAUUCUGAUAGACAUAUCAGUGAAGCUGGGGUAAUGGGAAUUGGUAUUUUCACUACUUUGGCAAGAGGCUGUUCAAUUGAAGAUCCUAUUCUGUUCCUUUAUUUGUUCUCCCUACUUUCAUCAGUAUGGGAUAGCAAGGCCAAAAGCAGUGCCAGUGAUCGCCAACAUGAAAAGGCUGAGAGGCAUUAUUCAAGAAGCAGUUUGAAACUGAGCAUCUGGAAUUCAGCCUAAAUUACACUAGUUCUGUUCACUUGAACUUAGAAACAAAUGUACAGUCCCUUCUUAGUCUUUGUUGAUCAGCCUGAACAUAACUUUAAAAAGGGCUUGAAUAAUAUAGCCAGAAAUGGACAAGAAAGUAAAAGAAUCCGCUCUUUCUGAGCUGUUAGCGGCGCCUAACAACACAGCCAUCUACUGCCUUCAGUUGAGUUUUUGUCCUUCACUGUAUAGAUUAAUACAUUACAAAUGCUUUGCAAAAAAGCAGCUGGUACUCCUGAAAGAGUAACUGCAGUUUUAAUAUCAGUAGCAUGCACAUUUUUGUUUCCUUAAAUCUAAAAAUGUUUUUAUAGGGCUAUUAAACUGACACUUUAGGGUCGAAUAUUGUUAAUGACUUGCUAGUGGCUUCUUUGUUUGGGUCAGAAAAAUAAAUUGUGCCAAGAAAGUAUUUUAAUGUGGCAUGAAUUGAUGCUGUUAAUGCAGUUACAUUGAGUGGCUGGUGUUAUGCCUUAUUAACUGGAAAUAGAAGAUUGAGCUCUGGGGUGCAAGUAGUCUUUAUUCAAAAGCUGUGUACUUAAAACAAGCCUUGUUCCUGACUUACAUAAAUCUUGCCCUCUUACCACCACCUAGAGUUCGCAUCUUCCCAAUGUCUGAGGUUCUUCUGUAACAAUUCGUAUAGCUAUGUGGAAUAUCAGCGUAAGUAAUCUUGUCCAUAAUGACACUAAAUUGAUUUGGGACUCAUAAUUGAGCUACCUUUCAUAUGCAAACACAUCAGGAUUUUAAGAUGGGGGCUCUGGUAACUGUUGUCAGCAUGAUGUCAGUUAAACCUCUCCAGAGCAAGUCUGACUGAGCCAGUGUACAAAAUGGCUUCCAAACUAGACUAGGACUUCCAGCAUUGCUAAGACCGGUGCUUCUGAACAUACUAGCAAAGGUAGAAAUUGUUACCUCCCAAAAUAGUGUUGUGUGUUGACCCUAAAUCUAGAGCUAGGAUGUGUCUCAGACCUUCAUUUAGCCAGAGCAGAUGCUCGUUUAACUGUCUGGUGCAGACAUGUUGUGCAGUGUAGUUCCUUCUUCAUUGGCAUUGGAUAUUAGCCAAUAUGAUCUUGGGUGCUCUCAGAAUAAGGGAGAAAUUUCUAGAUUUGGUUUAAGAAAUCUUUUGAGGCUGUAGCAGUCUGGGAAGUCUGGCACUACAAAGCUCUAGCCACAACUAGGAAGGUUUUGAUGUGUUUGUUUUGGGUCAAAAUUUUCCACCUCUCACAGACACCAGGGGUUCAUUAUUGUGUGUAAGUAUUAGGUUUGCUUUAGAAUCCUGGGUUCAGGGGUGCUAAUGAGAAUCAGAGGCCUGGAAUUCAGUGCAUGUAGUAAAUUCACUCACCUGAUAAUUUUUCCCAGUGUUUUGCCAGCUGCACCUUUAUUCUAUACAUAUAUGAGGAGGAGACACGGGGGUAUUAGGAGACAAGACUGCUUACAAGGGAGGAGAGGAGAAAUUUCUGGAUAUUGAGAUCUAGAAAUAAUGGUUUUCCUUUUGUGUCCUACAGGAGGGCUCAGAGUUGGAGGGUGACAGUGAUACAUGGACAUAGAGACAUAGGGCUUGUCUACAUUAGGGAAACUUGGCAAACAUUUCCCACUGUCACACAGGCUGAUUCAGCUCCAGCAAAAUUAGCCAAGUUGGGAGCCCUAGUCUAGAUGGGCUGCAAGCUGCCCACCUGCAUUUUAAGGACAUGGGCCAGAUUGUCAAAAAUCUCCCUGGGGGCCUGUCUCCAUCUUUAGGCACCUAAAAAUCUGGCUCCAUGUUGCUUAAUGUUGCUCAGAGCAGUUUUAACUGACACCAGGCUUAAAAUGCUAGUGGCAGCGAGAGGGUCCUCUGCAUUACGGUGCUAAACGUAACUAACCCUGGUGGAGCUGAAGUAGUGUUAGCACCAGUGUAGAAGAGGCUUGAACAGAGAAUAGCCCUUCUCUUAGAAGGAGGAAGUAUGCUUCAGGCUCUUGGAAUUAUUUCUCAAACCCUGUUUUGAUACAGUGGAACAGUGACUGCUGUGGCAUUUUUGUGCUUUGGUAUCACCAUUUAGAAAGUCCGUGAGAGUAAAAUAUGGUGUCUUGGAUUCUUUGGAAUUAGUUAUUUUAAAUCUUUUUUGGCUUUAACCUUGAGUUAAUUAACUCAUAUUAGGGCUUUUUAAAAAGAAAAAAGUCCAUCUGAACAGUAAACAAAACUGCAUAAUCCUUGUAUAAAGUAUUUAGCUUGAUUUCUCUCCCCCCCCCCCCGUUUUUUUUUAAAUACAGGGCAGUCUCUCAUUAUUCUUCCCGCAUACUCUCUAUAUAUCUAAGUUUCUUACACACUUAGCCAUAAUUUUAUUUUGUCCCUAUUAAUCUGUAUGCCACUAUGGCUAGCAAUUUCUCAUCUUAUUCCCCCCCCCAUCUCCAUUCCCAAAAAUGUAUUGUCCUUGGCCAUUUUUACUUCUGAAAUAAAUUUGCCAACCACAAUGAUGAGUGCCACAGCAAUAUGUCAUCUCUGUAGCGUUCUGGUUAUGUCAAACCUGACACGGGGAAGAUUUAGAAUGUGAUCCCUAGAAAAAACAGUUACCUAUGUGUUUUGGGUGUUUUUGGUAUUUUUUAAUCAGGGUAAAAGUGUAAAUGGUUUCCCACAUCUGCCACUGAGCCUGUUUUAAAAGCUGCUUGAAAAUCAACCAUUGAAGUACAUGGGAAGUUAGCGUUCCUACACUAGUCAAAAUUCAAGGAAAUCAUGGGUGGCAGUGACUGGAGAGUUACUGCUGAUGGUAAAAACACUGAAUGUUUUACUGGGGAGUAACUGAUUUU